AUUAGAAAAAAGAAAAAGAAAAAGUGGGAUUGAAAUGAAGAAGGUGGCAUCGACAAUAUUAGCCCGUGUUCCGACAGCAGUACCAUCACCAAUAGUCAUAGGAAAAUUGUCGGCGUGGUGGUAGGGCAGAAACCUCGGACUCCAUCGAAUAAUUUAAGCCAUCUUAAGAAUUCUGCGUCUGUAUAUUUUCUUCUUGCUAUGCUCUCAAACCUUUCUUUUCUUACACCGCAGUUAAUUGGAUAACAAAGAUUAGAAAAAGAACCGCCUUUUAUUGUUUUUGUCAUCUUUCUUGAUUUCGGAAAUAUCACAGACUCGGGAUACAUAAGGAAUUAGUUGUUUUCUCAUGUUGUUUUUUCUUUCUUUGUCAGAAGAAGAAUUCGAGUGCAUUGGGAAAGGAGGUGUAGAGGGGCGGACAUGGCGGCGGCGCAACUCGCCGGUGGCACCGCGGUUUCUUGCGAAAGUAACAGAUUGUGUUCUCUCGCGCCAAACUAUAAAGGGUUUCGGUGUUUGCUGGGGAAAAGGAGAAGCUUUGAUGGUGGCCGCGCCGCCGCACUCCCUCUGUGUUUGGACAGGGCAAAAUUGUUGUUGCCAUGUCCAAUUAUUCGACAGAGGAAGACAGCAGUUUUUCCAAGAUUGAAUUGUCAGUUAAGUCCGGAUUGCAGUGUGGAGUCUGAUGAUGUGGAGGAUACUGUUGCUCUUAAACAAGAAUCCCAAAAUGGAGGGCCUAAUAAAUUAAAUGGGGCCGUUUCUUCUCAAAUAAGUGAAAUUGGUGGCGAGAGUGCAGCUCCUAGUGAUAACCGUGCAAACAAUGUUAGGCGUGAGCUUGUAAUGUUGUCUUUACCAGCAAUUGGUGGACAGGCAAUUGAUCCAAUCGUGCAACUGUUGGAGACUGCAUAUAUUGGCCGUUUGGGUGCCGUGGAGUUGGGUUCUGCUGGAGUCUCCAUAUCACUCUUCAACAUAAUCUCGAAGCUUUUCAAUAUUCCCCUCCUCAGCGUUGCUACUUCUUUUGUGGCCGAAGAUAUCGCAAAGAAUGCAAGCAAACCUUCUACCUCAGUAGCAAAGAUGCAGCUAUCUUCAGUGUCGACAGCUUUGUUUUUAGCUGUUGGCAUUGGCAUCUUUGAAGCUACGGCCCUUGUUUUGGGGUCUGGACCUCUUCUCAGUUUGAUGGGCAUAUCACCGGCUUCUCCAAUGCGUGCUCCUGCACAGCGGUUUCUUAUCCUGAGGGCCCUAGGUGCUCCUGCUUUUGUUGUUUCUUUGGCCCUUCAAGGCAUUUUUCGUGGCUUCAAGGAUACAACGACGCCUGUAUACUGUUUAGGAUUUGGAAAUUUUACGGCUAUAUUCCUCUUCCCUUUGUUUAUGUAUUAUUUUCGGUUGGGUGUCAAUGGAGCUGCGAUUUCCACCGUUAUCUCUCAAUACAUUGUCACCUUCUCAAUGAUAUGGAAUCUCAACAAGAGAGCAGUAUUAUUGCCUCCAAAGCUUGGAGAAUUGCAGUUUGGUAAUUAUCUGAAAUCAGGUGGUUUUCUAAUUGGGAGGACUCUUGCUGUUCUUCUGACGAUGACACUUGGUACAUCCAUGGCGGCUCGUCUGGGACCCGUAGCUAUGUCUGCUCAUCAAAUUUGCUCUCAAGUUUGGCUUGCUGUAUCACUACUUACUGAUGCAUUUGGAGCAGCAGCUCAGGCCUUGGUUGCCAGUUAUAUAUCCAAAAAAGAUUAUGCUAACGUGAAGGAUGUCACUCAGUUCGUAUUGAAGAUUGGUCUUGUUACUGGUGUUUCCUUGGCUGUAAUACUGGGGUUUUCUUUUAGUUCGUUGGCUCCAAUAUUCACCAAGGAUGUCGAAGUCUUGAGGGUCGUUAGAACUGGCGUUCUGUUUGUCUGUGCCAGCCAACCUAUAAAUGCUCUAGCUUUUAUCUUCGAUGGUCUCUAUUACGGUGUCUCAGAUUUCCGUUUCGCUGCAAUCUCAAUGAUGCUGUCUGGUGCAAUAUCUUCUAUGGUUUUGCUAUAUGCUCCUAGGGCGGUUGGCCUUCCCGGUGUUUGGUUCGGUCUGACUCUCUUAAUGGCACUACGAACGGCUGCCGGAUUCAUCAGAUUAUCACAACGUAGUGGCCCGUGGUGGUUCCUUCACACUGAUCUUAACAAAGUCAAGCUCGUAUGAUGAGAAUUCGACAAGGAAAGGAUGUUUGAGGAUUCUGCAGCCUCUACAAGUCGUGGAGCCAUGGAAGAAGAGUCGGACUUGACAGAACGACAUCCUGAACCCGGGUGAGGUCCCGUUGAUUGAACUACUUCCAUCGACCCCAUUGUUUGGAGAGUCGAGGGUGAAGGCUUGGAUGAGGUUCGCUACGUUGUCAGAACUCGCACGAGUAGGAACUGCUUCUAAAUCACAAGAUGUUGCAAUUAGUUUGAUGCAGUUUUUUUUUUCUUGAUACAGUUUCCCUUUUCUGGAAACUGUAUAGUGUCUAUUCUUGAACGCAUAAGUAAAUAAUCUUUUGACUAUUAAUACAUGGUUAAGAUAAAUAUAGUCCAUUGGUUUUCUUC